GGGUGACGUUUUUCCCCUGUUCACCGUGCCAGUCCCUAUGGUGUCUGUUCUUGGUAGUGUUUACUGCCUCAAUUUUUUUUUUCCCCCCACAUCGCAUUCAACACCCGGGGACUUUACUGGCUGUGAUCUGUUGAACAGACAUCGAUACGUAGGCCUUUUUCCAUCCACUAACAACACCUAUCUUCAUCGUUGUUUCACUGACAUCUUUGAUUUCGGUCGGAAUUUCUACAAUGGAGUCAUUCUGAAACAGCGAAAAAGGGGGAAAAAAUAAAUGCCAUUUCCUAAAGCAAGGUUUUUGUUUUUACUUUUAGAUCCAGAGUAUGUCUGAAAAUGGGUCCAAAUUCUUCAAAAUGUAGUUAAAGAACUUUUACAUCAGUUCUAGGACCAUAUUAAUUCUCUGUAGUUUCUAGUGUGAUGUGUAAUGGAAGAUUUGUCUGCAGUGACUAGUUGGAGAACGAUUUUAAAAUGCAUUCCGAGAAGAAGCAAUUUCCCUGUGAGUUUUGUAGCAAGUUUUUCUCGAAGGGGUCCGAUCUACGAAGGCAUGUCCGGACUCACACCGGGGAAAAGCCGUUCUUUUGUGAAGAGUGCGGAAAGAGUUUUACCCGGAACUCCAGCCUCAAGCGGCAUGUGAAGACCCACGAGGAGAUCAACAUGUUAAUUGCCAAUAAUUACAUUGAGAAAUACACCGAGGAUUCGGUUUCCGUUAAAGACGUGGAGAAAACCUCAGACUAUGCCAACCAUUUCCUGCGUGUCGAGAACUCCUUCACAGGUGAACGAGUGUAUACAGUGGACAUUAGGGACAUAGAUCUGGACGAUGAAUUAGAGUUGAAAGAACAAGAAGAGAAAGAACAGCUAGCAGAGGAGGAAGAAGAGGAGGAGGAGGACGAGGAGGAGGAGGAGGAAGAGGAAGAGGAGGUAGCUGAGGACAGUGAUAAGGAUGUGAUUAUUAUUGAAGAUCAACCAGCGGAGGAACCACCUGGUUAUAUACAAGUUUGGUACGAUGACGGAAGAAUAGAUUCCCCUGAACUUAUUGCUGAUAAACAAUCGCAGAGCCCGGAUGCGGGUAAACUGCAUCAGUGCGUGGUUUGCUGGGAGUGUUUCCUCGAUAAAUCAGACUUGAAGAGACACUCAAGGAUGCACAUUGGCAUCACUCAAUUCCCGUGCAUAUUCUGUGGUAGGGAAUUCUCCAAAGGUUCCGACUUGCGCAGGCACAUCCGCACACAUACCGGGGAGAAGCCAUUUCAUUGCAACAUGUGCAGCAUGAGUUUUGCCAGGAACUGCAGCCUAAAGCGACAUGUUAAGACACAUACGGAAAACGCAACACAGGAUCUAAUCAGUGCGAAGCAGAGUUUUCCUGGUGAAUUUUACAAUAAAAAACCUGUGAAAGCCCCGAGUAAUGGGAACUCCUAUCAGUGUGAGAUCUGUGGCCGAGCUUUUUCAAAGUGUUCAAAUUUGCAAAGACAUGUGCGGACGCAUACAGGGGAAAAGCCGUUUACCUGUAGUGUGUGCGGUUCCAGUUUUACCAGAAAUUGGCACCUGAAGCGCCACGCCAAAAUUCACGUUACGGACAAAGUGAUAAACUUGGAGGAUAAAGUGAUAGAUUUAGAUGAAAUUGCAGACACAAUAUCAGAUAAUGUAGUUUACCAAGAUGACAGUCCGGCGAUAACUGAAGUGGUCCUUUACCACUGUGAUAUAUGCAAAAAAGAUUUCUCGAUACGCUCUGACUUGAAAAGACACCUUAGAAUCCACACAGGUGAGAAACCUUUCCAGUGUGACAUAUGUGGUCGAAGCUUUGCACGUAAGUACGGUUUGAAGCGGCACAGCAAAAUACAUAAAGAAACACAGCUUUGCAGGUGUGACCUUUGCGAUAUGUACUUUGAAGAUAACGACAGCUUAAAAUGCCACCUGAAGUGUCAUACAGCUGCCAGCGAGAAGGAGAAGGAAGAAAAUAUUCUCAAAAAUGUGAUGAAAGUGUUUGCGAAAGGGAAGUCGUUUUAUUGUCAGUUGUGUAACAAGACAUUUUCAAAAAACUCCGACUUGAAGCGGCACGUGAGGACCCACACUGGGGAAAAACCGUUUGUUUGUACGAUUUGUACUCGUGGUUUCGCAAGGAACUGCAGCUUAAAAAGACAUUUGAAAACUCAUCGUGAUAGUAAUCUCAUCAACUGGACCGUAUUGUCACCGGACACAUUGGAAACUCUGAAAGAAGAAGAACCCUGAUGGAUUGGAAGACAGAAGAGCAAGAACCAGCAGACCGGAACAGAGUCAACAUUUGUAAUAAACUUACUGUAAAUAAAUAUCAA